UCACCCACCCACUGAGGAGAAAAUUCAAAUAAAGCUUUAGCUGUUUUCAGUAUAAGUCAGUCAUGGCAGCGAAGAGUCCUGUCAAGGAUCUCUGUGAGGAAGCUACUUGCUCCAUCUGUCUGGACUAUUUCAAGGACCCGGUGACCAUUAUAGAGUGUGGGCACAAUUUCUGUCAAGCGUGCCUGACGCAGUGCUGGAGGGAGACGGGCACAGAGGUUUCCUGCCCUCAGUGUAGAAAAAGAGUUCAGAAGACAAACUUCAUCCCAAAUCGGCAGCUGAAAAAUGUUGUAGAAAUAGCCAAGGAAUUUCAAAGAAGUGCUAGUCUUCAGGAAGAGAGGGAGACAGAAGGAAAAGGGAGAAUCUGUGAGAAACACCAGGAGCCCCUGAAACUCUUCUGCAAAAACGAUGAAACGCUCAUCUGUGUGGUGUGUGUCACAUCCAGAGAACAUGAAAACCACAAGAUUAUUCCUCAGGAAGAGGCUGCACAAGAUUACAAGAAGCAAAUAGAAGCAGAGAGGCAAAAGACAGUGGAAGAGUUUAUACAACUACGCCAGUUUCUGGACAAACAAGAGAACCUUCUGCUGGACCAGAUGGAAGAAGUGGAAAAGGAGAUUGAAAGAAAAAGGGAUUGGAACUUGACCAAACUCUCUUUUGAGUUCUCCUGUCUUGAUAAUAUGAUCAUGGAAAUGGAGAUGAAAUGUCGGCAACCAGCGAAUGAACUCCUACAGGAUAUUAGAAGUACCUUGCAAAGGUGUCAGGAAAAGAAGAUAUUUACAAAUUCUGUGGUUUUUUGUCCUCCUCUGAAGUGGAAGGUCUGGGAAUUCUGUGAUAUAAAUCCUUUUCUACAGGGUAUCAGGAAGCAGUUUGAAGAUACUCUACUAUCGGGAAUUCAACUGCAGAAAGCAAAUGUGACUCUGGAUCGAGAAACAGCAAAUCCCUGGCUCAUCCUUUCUGAAGAUGGUAAAAGCCUGAAAUGUGGAGUCAACGGUCAAGAUCUGCCUGACAAUCCUAAGAGAUUCAUCACACAUCCUUUUGUGUUGGGUUGUGAGGAAUUUACAGCAGGCAGGCAUUACUGGGAAAUCUCUGUGGGAAGGGAGGGAAACUGGGCUGUGGGGGUUGCUAGAAAGUCUGUGAGAAGAAAGGGCACAUCUACAUGUGAUUCCAAGGAUGGGAUCUGGGCUAUUUGGAAAAGUACUUGGUCCCUGAGUGAGGGGCUGAAGCGGAUCCGAGUUUCACUGAACUGUCCUGGGCAGCGAUUGACCUUUUUUGAUGCUGACACAGCUGCCCUACUCUACACAUACUCGGAAACCUCAUUCUCUGGAGAGACUCUUCUCCCCUUCUUUAAUGUGGAUAAAAAGGGCUGCCUGACACUCUCCGGGAUAACGAUAUUGGAAAUCUGUAUACCGUCCUGUCUAGAUGACCCUUGUACAGAAUUGCCCUAGAAUCAGAAUUGCCCUAGAACCUGAAGGCACUCCCCACCCCCUGCAAACCGUUUUCAGAAAGAAAGAAAAACCCCUCAACAGAGAGAGAUUUUAAAAAUAUGUUAAAUAAAAAUCGAACAUCCUGCCUAAGGAAAUUAACCUAAGAGUCCUCUCUUCCAGUGGGCAUUUUCAGGUGUGUCCCUUAAGAACAAAGCCACCUCAUGGCGCAGUGGGGAAAUGACUUGACUAGCAAGCCAGAGG